AUGAUUAUCACCGGUGAUGAUGCGAAUGGGAUAGCGGAGUUGAAAACGCACUUGACUCGUGAAUUUGAGAUGAAAGAUUUGGUUUCCCUACGGUACUUUUUAGGGAUAGAAGUAGCUUACUCUCCUCGUGGCUAUAUUCUUUCUCAAUCUAAGUACAUUGCUGAUAUUCUCGAUCCGGCUCGUCUCUCUGAUGCUCGCACUUUUGAUACCCCUCUUGAGCUUAAUGCUAGGUAUUCUUUAUCUGAUGGUGUUGCCUUGUCAGAUCCCUCUCUAUAUCGCACUCUGGUUGGUAGCUUAGUGUACCUUACUAUCACCAGGCCAGACAUCGCUUAUGCAGUUCACAUUGUCAGUCAGUUUGUUGCAUCUCCCACUACCGUUCAUUGGGCAGCUGUGCUUCGUAUUCUUCGAUAUCUUCGGGGAACUCAAUUUCAGAGUCUGUUUUUUCCAUCUACGUCAACUUUAGAGUUACGUGCCUACUCAGAUGCAGAUUGGGGUGUUGAUUUUACUGACCGCAAAUCUACCACUGGAGCGCCUUCAGUUCAUACUCGUCCUGCUCCUCUGCAUGCUAUUGUUGAGAGGUUAUUAGCCUAUGCGCAUGGUUCGAGCUAUUGGAACAAACUUGCACCAACCCUUGUUCAUGAGAAUGGUUCUGCUUCAGAAUCUCAAAAGAAAUCUGAAAGGAAACAUGCCAAGACUAAGAAUGAGCUUGAUAAGGCUUUGGAGGAUCUUUCGCAGAUCAAGUGGAAACUUUCCAUAAUUGAAGAAGAGUUCACUGAGGUGAAGAAAAAGCUUGCUGAUAAAGAGGAUUCAACACUUGAGCGUGAACAAAUCAUUGAAGACUUAAAAAAUAGCAAUGAGUAUGUUGAAAACUACAACGAAGGUCUAUAUGAUCGCCUUUAUUGGAUUUGGAUUGAACAUAAAGACAUGGAUUUUGGAUUCCUUGGGUCUCCUUUUGCUGAAGUGGUUGAUCAAUGA